CACAGGAUAUGACAUAUCCAUGGGGAAAAGAGGCUUACAUUGUGCUCCUGAAGUCAAUUCAAAACGCUGUCGCGAAUCAUUUGGAGAAUAAAUCCAAAUUUGAGUUGCAAGGUUAUCCUCUAGUAUUCCUUACAGCCGAUGACUGGGAAAAUAGGUGUGUAGACACAUUUGACACAUUGGAUGCUCUUAUUCAAAUGAUGGCAAAUAAGGAGACUGGCCAAGCUUCUACUCCGAUUGAUGAGGAUUCAGUAAAUGAAAAAGUGAACAGGAUCAUCACGGUAAUGGAGGAGAAUCUGAAGAGCAUGAAGGAUCGAAUGUCAUUACUGGAAGAAGAAAACAUACAUCUUAGAGCUCGUGUGUCAGAGUUGGAAGGAAACAGCAAUGUUUUUCCCACUAACGUGACACAAAAGCGAUCCAGUGGGACACCUUUAUCUCCAAUGUCUCACACGCAACCAUCGAGUGAGACACCUUUAUCUCCAAUGUUUCAACAGCCUAAUUUGACACAUGAGGAGACAAUGAUUGAAUCAGCUGCAUCUCCAAAGUCUCAACAAAAUGAGGAUUACACGCAAUCAUCGAGUGAGACGCCUUUAUCUCCAAUGUCUCAACAGCCUAAUUUGACAAAUGAGGACACAAUGAAUGAAUCAGAUGAUGAAACUCCUGCCCUUGAUACUCAAGUAUUCUCUCCUAAUCUGACAAAAGAGAAAGAAACAGAAACGUCUACCGGUGAGAGGCCAUCCAAUCCUAAUCAAGAUGGAAAACCAGAUGAUGAGAUUGUGAUUGAGUCACCUGCUGCUCAGACUCAAGUUUUGCAAAAAGAAACACUGGAAAUGAAUGAGACACCUUCUUCUCCAAUAUCUCCAAAGAGUAUUGAGGCUCAAGUUUUUACUCCAAUUCAGAAACAGCAGACGGUAACAGAGGAAACGUAUGAGGCUACACAGCCAUUGACUGAGAUCAUUUCAGCAAACAAUAAAAAGGAGGAUACACAUGCUGUGCAUUACAGACCUUCCUCUCCAUUGUCUUCACUAAUUGCACUAGUUAUUGAAGAAAAUAAGAAUGCUUUGAGUGAGACAGAAACUGCGACCCAAUAUUUUUCUACAAGUGAAGGAGAGCAUUCACAAUCAAGCAGAAAGAAUCAAGCGGAAGAAUAUCUCAAGGAUACUACAGACCUACUACUGAGCUAG